AUGCGUGCCCUUCAGGAGCUGGCGGCACAACGCCGAUCUGCGGAGGCGGAGGCACGUCGGGGUCUGGAGCAGCGAGAGGCGGAGCUUUCCAGAUUGCGCUCCCAGCUUGACAACUUGACAGGACAAGAUGAGUCUCGACUAGUUGCGCAGGUUGAAUUAGCCAAGAUUCGCAAAGAACUAGAGAGCCUACGCACUGAACAUCCUACUGCUAGCCAAGAGCUUAGAUCAGCCUCAGAAAGCUCUCGAGACCAUCAGACUCGCCUAGUUCCUCCAAAUGGUUUAACAGCCGACCAGGAGACUUGGCUAACUAGGCUUAUCGAAGAGCGCGAUAGCCUUCUUCGCACUGGCGUGUAUGACUUAGAGGAUGCAGUAAUCGCUGAUCUAGAUUCCGAGAUCCGCCGUCUUCUCUCCAGAGACACAGAUGCAGAGGCGACUCUUAGGCCGGAGUCUAAUGCUCUUCGAGAUGUCAAACGCACUGAUAUGCCUGAUAAAAUACUAUUAGGAGGCAAAAAAUGCCAGCUGUUAUCGUCACACGUCUAA